UGCUAUAGCCUAAAACAAUAUUCCAGAUUCCAGAUCCCCUUAGGUUAUUUAUAUAUGCUAAUAGUUCCACUGCAAGUUGAGCUGAUCUGCUUCAUUGGUCCAGUAGGCUAUGUGGGUGGAGCUCAGAAACACUUUGCAGAGGAUGCAGAAAACGACACCCAUUCAGACAUGAUGCAGGAAACUUGACCGAUGCGAAAGAUGCAUCACACAACAACACACAAAUGGAUGCAAUAUACUGUUAAGAAGUUUUAUUUCACGCUUAUGUUCUAUGUUUAGCUAUAAUUGCGCAUUCCGAGAGAUGUCCUUCCGCCUCCGCUCGUCUCCUCAUCACUGACUGACGCUUUACCAAUGAACCGCAGAAUCAUCAUUCUGUUCUCACACACGUUCAAGAGGAUCCUAGGCUAAAAACCGUCCUCGUCAUGGCCAGAUCAGCGAACAGAAGCGGGAAGGACGGAGACUCAAGGGUAUGUGCUCCCGCGGAGAGAGGAGAGAUCAGGGAACUGUCUCUGGAGGAGGUGUUGAAGUCUUAUGAGCAGCCCAUCAAUGAGGAGCAGGCUUGGGCAGUGUGUUUCCAGUGCUGCAGGGAGCUGGGAGAGCUGGGCGAGCCGAGAGCGCCUGCGCGACGCGUCCUCAUCCGAGAUCUGGCUUCCAUCAUCCUGCACGGGGACGGGACCGUAACGGCACUCCUGGAGAGCAGCGAUGACAGUAAUGAUAACUGUGCUCCUGCUGCUGAUGGAAAGCUGGUUCAGUCCAUGGGUGCUGCGAUCUACGGUGCUUUGGACUGGGGACUGGAUGACAGUGAGGAACGGGAAUUGAGCCCUCAGCUAGAACAGCUCAUUGAGUUUAUGGUCAGUGGUCAGGACUGCAGCGAAUCUAAACAAUGUGGCAGUAAUGCAGCUAAAGACGAGGGCUACAGUGGCCAAGAGGAGGAUGAAGAAGACGAAGAAGAAGGAAAAGUACAUGGCAUUCAUACUGUUCAUCAGGUUAUGACACUUUGUUCCCGCCGGCUGGCAAAUCCAGCUUUGGCACCAGAGCACUACCAGGCCGUGUGUCGGGCGCUUUUCCUGGAGACCCUUGAGCUUCAGACCUUCCUCAGCAGGAUAAGAGAUGCUAAAGAGAUGCUGAAGAAGAUCAGAACAGAGGAACCACAUGAGGAGAAUACCACCACUGAGCUUGAUGCUCUUCAACACACUGACUGGACUCGGCUGUGGGUGCAGCUGAUGAAGGAGUUGAGGCAGGGUGUGAAGCUCAAGAAGGUGGAGGAACAGCCGUUUAACCCUCUUCCCACGGAGUUCAGCCUCACGCCCUUUGAGAUGCUCAUGCAAGAUAUUCGUUCACGCAAAUAUAAACUUCGCAAAGUUGUAGUAGAUGGAAAUAUUCCCACGUGUGUUAAACGAAAUGCUCAUGAGCUGAUUUUGGAUUUUAUCAGAUCAAGACCCCCUCUUAAACCAGUUUCUGAGCGCUGUUUGCCUCCUGCACCCCAGCGACCGCAGUCGCUCCAUGAUCGAGUCCUGGCUGAGAUCAGGCAGGACCACAAACUGAAACCUGUGGAGCCACACAGUACCAAGAGAUCAUUUGGCUCAUUACCAUGUCUGGUACACACCUGCCAAUGUGACAUCAAAUCCACUUCCUGCAUUGACCUGUCAGUCGCAGGAGCAGCGUACCGGCCACCGUCCCGCAUUCGCGUUCUGCUAAAAGCUCCAACACUGGCAGAAAUGGAGGAGAUGAAUAUAUUUGAGGAUGAAGAAUCUCCAGAUGGUAUGGAUAUCAGGCGGGUGGAGAGCUCUCCUACACCUCUGAAGAGAGAUCGCUCCUUCUCUGAACACGACCUGGAUGAGCUCAGAGGGGAAAUGAUGUCAUCCCGCUCAGAACCUCCUCAGCUCACAGGAGUUGGUUCCCUGAGAGGAGAGAGACCUCGAUCACACACGCUGACGGGGGUCAGACCACCACACAUCUAUCAAGCCUCAUUUCCUGUGUUGGACAGGAUGCCCCAGUCCUGUCACUCCUUUAGCUCAGAUGACGGAGGUGAAGGAAGUGCUGCAGAGUCUCACGGGCUCUCGAGACGUCAGUGGAUGGAGGAAUUCUGUCAUCCAGUCGACAGUCUGGCCUUAACAGUGGAUGAGGUCAUCAACGUGCGCCGGAUACUUGUCAAGGCUGAGAUGGAGAAAUACAUGCAGAACAAAGAGCUUUUUAAUAAUCUGAAGAAGGGCAAGAUAUGUUGCUGUUGUCGAGUAAAGUUUCCACUGUUUUCAUGGCCGUCCAGGUGUCUCCUGUGUAAAAGGUCUGUCUGCAACUGUUGUAGUGCAAAGAUGAAGAUUCCCUACAAAAAGAUGGCACACAUUCCAGUGUACACUGUGGGAUUUCACAGCAGUGCGAGGAGUCACAAGAGUGAUGUUUAUAAGUCUCUGUGUUCUCUCUCCAGACACUCAGUCGAGGAGGAGUUUCCACACCUGUACGCUGCCGGCUGCAACCUGAGAGAUGUGUGCUCAGACUGUACCAAGUUUGUGGCUGAUGUCAUUUCCUCCAGUCGCAGAAGCUUGGACUUCAUCAACAACACACCAAAACGAAAUAAACGGACAACCUCGACGUAUACACAACCACAUCACAGCCAUGUGUGAGUGUAUCAACAGAUGUCUGAAUCGAAGCCUCUUCACAGACUCCCUCAGAAAUAUUCUGCGUGUUAGACGAUGUGAAUCAUUUCUGCCUGAUCACCCCUCCUGCACUGUGUACAUCUGCCCACAAUACUGUCUGUGUAGAUUGAGCGAGGCAAUGCUUCACCCCAUUUAGAAACAAAUGGUGCAAUUUCCUUUCACUGGGCUGGUACCCUUUAUAAUAUAUGUACACUUUUGGUACCUUUGAGGUACUAAGAUGCACUCUUCAAGAACAACGGUGUACCUUUUGAAAGGGUAGCGCCCCAGUGACAGCUUUUGUACCUUUUUCUGAGAGUUUUAUGGUAAAAAAGACAAUCCCUUUGCUUGAUUUUUAGCUUGAAAAUGAUUAUAACUGAUCCAGGACUGUCCAUGCUUAGCAGACAUCCUCAUGCAGGACAUCAGUAAAUGCAUAUUUCUAAUAGCAAAUGUAUUUUUAUGCUAUGGGACUGGAUCUAUUUAGCACCCGAGUGUUAUGUAAUUACCUUGGGACUGGUUUGUGAAAGUGAAGGUCCGAAUGAGGCAGAUAAUAGUGUCUUAUUCUCAGAGGAAUAAAGUGGCCUUUCGAUCCGCAGCUCGAGCUCAUGUCUAACACACUCUUAUUUUGUAAGGUCUGCAAGUCUGCAAUAAAAUCAAUGCCACAAA